GCUCAUUUUCCAACGGUCUAGCUCCUCUUAAAAUAAAGCAACAAUAACGGGGGGCUGUGGCGAGGGGCAGAGAGAAAAAUAGACAUGUUACAGUCCCAAUGUCAAAAGAGUUAGUUGCACACAUUUGUCCUGCGAGUGUCUGCGCGUGCUGUUCCAGCGGUGCUUUAAUCCUGUAUGUAAAUGACAGCCAAUAGAUGCUGUUGUUGAGUUGGGCUGGGAUUAGCGGAGGCGAAUGACUUUCAAUUUUACUGGAUUACAGAACAAAGAGAGGGGGAAAGGGGACACACUCCUCCGGUAAAGAAAACAGAAAGAAAACGGGCCAAACUGAUCAAAUAAAUCACCUCGGAUUGCAUUUCAACAGACUACGAACCAUUCGAGAUUAUGUCAUUUUACAAAAUCGCUGUCGGCUUUCUUUAGAUGGGAAUUCAGCUCUCACCGUUGGAUUAAACGGAGAAUAAACCUAUUCCGGGAUUGGCAGCAUAAGGCAAUUAAACACGGGGAAAUCGAAGAAUGGCACAGAUACGGAAGCUUGGCUGUGAUGGGAUGAGGACCAACUCUCGGCCAGAGCUCAAAGUUCCCCAAGUGUCAACCAGACAAGAAAUCCUCACCAGCCUAGUGUCUGCCCUGGACUCUGUGUGCUCUGCCAUGUCUAAGCUCAAUGCUGAGGUGGCCUGUGUCACUGUGCAUGAAGACAGCGUGAUCGCUGUGGGAACAGAGAAGGGGAGAAUCUUCCUAAACUCCAGAAAGGAAAUACAGACAGACUUUCACAAGUUCUGCAAAGUGUCCUGUCUGCAAGCAUUGACCGCCAUGAACUCCCACGCCAAAGCUCCUGAUGUGGACUGCAGCAGGACUAGCAAAGACUGUGGGCAGCAGAGCAGACAGAGAGCCUUACCAGACACUCAUUCCAACAUCUUCGUCCUGAGGAAGAUGGUGGAGGAGGUGUUCAGCGUGCUUUAUAGUGAGGCUGUUGGGAAGAGCAGCCUGGUCCCAGUGCCUUAUGACUGGAUUCUCAAGGAGCCCAGCUCAGUGGUUGUUUACGGCCUGCCUGAUGGUGUAACUCUGAGAAAGCCUUCAGAAUACGACACCAAGACCUUAAUGAAGAUCUUAGAGCAGAGCAACCGCAUCCGCUUCAUAGUCAAAAGAACACCAGAGGAACCCUCUCGGGAUGCCAAAUCCUGUCCGGAAGUCAACCAUCACUCUUCAGCCUCAAAGAGCGUAAGCAACCACGCCUCUGUCAAACCCUCCACGCAGGAAGCGUCUGCUAGCAACUCCAUGCUCUCCAGCUUCCUGUACGGCAUGCCCAUGUCCUCCCAGCCUCACCCAGACAGCAAGCUGGACCUGAAGCCCACAUCACUGCACAGCAUAGGUAAAGAGCGGCUGGGCAUGUGGCCGUCCGCUGACGAGAAAGCGGUUCAGGCCAAGGAAUGUGCUGACAAUGGCGAGCGAGUAGGGCUGGCAGCGGAUCUUACUCAGAGUCCUCCCAGCAUCCAUGUCUCCAAGCGCCUUCUGUUCUCUAUAGUGCAUGAAAAAUCAGAAAAAUGGGAUUCGUUCAUCAGGGAGACUGAGGAUAUCAACACCCUUCGAGAAUGUGUUCAGAUCCUCUUCAACAGUAGAUAUGCUGAAGCGCUAGGCCUGGAUCACAUGGUUCCUGUGCCAUACCGGAAAAUCGCCUGUGAUCCCGAGGCGGUAGAGAUCAUUGGAAUUCCAGACAAGAUUCCCUUCAAGAGACCCUGCACUUACGGUGUGCCUAAACUCAAACGGAUCCUGGAAGAAAGGCAUGCUGUCCGCUUUGUUGUCAGAAGAAUGUUUGAUGAACGAAUUUUUACUGCUGCUGGUAAAGUAGCCAAGGAAGAGGGCAAACAGGAUGGUGCCGCCCCUGAGGACGGAUUCCCAGAUGGCCUCAGGGUCCCAAGCUCUUCUCUAGAGCUGGUCAGCAACACUCACAGUAGCAGAUCAACAAGCUCCUGUGUCAGUCCUUUGGCUGAGUGUGAAGCAGGGCCAUCUGGGGACUGUCUGCCUUUGAAAAAGAUCAAAACGGAGCCCCCAGAUGGUGAAAUUAUCCAGGUGACAGUGCCAGAGUCCAAUACUUGUACAGAAGAGCUAAGUGAGCCUCAGGCCGAGCGGGUGACCCCUGACCUCUGUCGUCCCAAGGAGCCUGUAGCAGAAGAUUUAACGCCGAAGUCUACAACACAAGGGCUCAAGAGAGCUGUUGAAGAAGACAUCGGAGAGAUGAUCCUUCAGCUGCGGAAUCAAGUCGAGAGCUUGUUCAGCUCCAAGUACAGUGAGGCUCUUGGUCUGCCUGAACCGUCUAAAGUGCCGUAUUCCAAGUUCCAGAUGUAUCCAGAUGACCUGUAUGUCACAGGGCUGCCAGAAGGGAUGACUUUUCGAAGACCGAACUGUUUUGGAGCAGCCAAACUUCAGAAGAUUCUUGCCGCCAGUAGUCAGAUUACAUUUGUCAUAAACAGGCCAGAAUUGUUGACAGAACAGGUCAAACAUGAAGGUGUCUCUAAAACAACCUCCGAUUCAGCAGAGACUGACUCCAAAGACCAAUCAGAUGACCCGGGACCUGCCUCUAAAAGACCAGGAUUCUCAGACAGUCUAGAGGCCAAGCUCUCCCGUAUCGACUUGGCGAAUACUCUGCGAGAGCAGGUCCAAGACCUGUUCAACAGGAAAUACGGCGAGGCACUGGGCAUUAAGUAUCCUGUGCAAGUGCCUUACAAGAGGAUCAAGAGUAACCCCGGCUCAGUGAUUAUCGAGGGCUUGCCCCCUGGCAUCCCCUUCAGAAAACCCUGUACCUUCGGCUCACAGAAUCUAGAGAGGAUAUUAGCGGUGGCCGACAAGAUCUCUUUCAGCAUUACAAGACCUUUCCAAGGGCUUAUUCCCAAGCCAGCACCACGGCGAAUAACAAUAUUGAAGAAAGGUUUCACCCCAAUAAGUGAAGAAGAUGAGGUCAACCGGAUGGGAGAGAAAGUGAUAUUAAGGGAACAAGUCAAAGAGCUCUUCAAUAAAAAAUAUGGUGAAGCUUUGGGUCUGGACCGCUCAGUCAUUGUUCCAUACAAAUUAAUCCGUGCCAAUCCAGGCUCACUGGAAGUGUGUGGACUUCCCGAUGAUAUUCCCUUCAGGAAUCCUAAUACUUAUGACAUAGUUCGGUUGGAAAAAAUCCUGCAAGCCCAAGAUGAAAUUAUCAUCAACAUCAAAACCCCUCUACAGCCUUUUACAGAGUUGUGUUCUCAAUCUUGUAAUAAAGAAGGUAAAGAAGUGUCUACAAAUCGACGCAAACGUAAACGAGUACUUGACAACAGUCAAGCAUCCAUGCCUUCUGGAGCAGACUCAACACUAUCAACCAAUCAGAUUCCUGUCAUGCAGUGGCCCAUGUACAUGGUGGACUAUAGCGGAGUGAAUGUUCAAGUUCCUGGAAAAGUCAAAUACUAAUGAACUUUCUGAUUCCGUACGAAAAACUUUUACCAUUAAGGGACCUUUUUUUUUAAAAACAAACCUGACGUUUCUGAAUGCUAAAUUCAGCUUUCUUCAGAGCUGUGGCAGAUCCUGUGGCUCGCACAUGGAGUGUGUUCUGGCAGGUAUUAGAGAGUGUGAACUGUAGGAGCAGUUGUUUCUGAAUGAAGUGAUAAUGAUGAAAAAACACGGCAGUAAAUCAAUCUGCUAGUGCUUUAUUUCUUCGAGGAAUAGUACUCAACUUCAUGUCAGUCCAAAAACAAAUGCUUUAAAUUUUUUUGUGGAACACGAAAAUAGAAAUCAUGUAAAAGAAGAUUUGUUCUGUGUGAUGAUUUGUCAGAAACUGACUUUUAAAGGAAUAGUUCAUCCGAAAAAGUCAAUCUGUUGAACAUGUACACACCUUCACGCCACCCAAGAUGUAGAUGGGUUUAUUUCUUCAUCAAAACAGAUUUGGAGAAAUUUAGCAUUCGAUCACUUGCUCACUACUGGAUUCUCUGCAGUGAAUGGGUGCCGUCAGAAUGAGAGUCCAAUUAGCUGAUAGAACAAAACAUUAAUCCACCUAACUCAAGUCCAGUGAAAAGCUGUGUUUGUCAGAAACCAAAGAUGUUUAUUACCUAAAACUUUUCCUGGAAGCAAUGGUUUGAAAUUAAAAACAUCUUGAUUCAAUUAUUACAAAACGUUAUUUGAUUGGACUGGAGUUUAGUGGAUCACUAAACUGUGACGUUUUUAAUCAACUCUUUGGACUCUCAUUCUGGCGGCACCCAUUCACUGCAGAGGAUCCAUUGGUUAGCAGCUGAAGUAAAGCUAAAUUUCUCCAAAUCUGUUCAGAUGAAGAAACAGAUUUAAGUGUUCCACUAAAAAAUGAACAAAAUGCAAGUUUGGUGCAACAUGAGGGUGAGUGAAUAGAAAAGUAAAAGGAUAGGAUGGAAUUUGUGCAUUUCACCCAUCCAAGUACACACACCACAAGUACACACACACACACACACACACACACACACACACACACCUUCCUUUAGGAGGUUGUUUGUAAAAGGAGUAGCCUUUUAUUUGCAUAUCAGAUGAACUAUAUUGCUUUGCCACCAGGAUUUGUAAUAGCAGAUCCUGGACACAAUCAUGGUUAAAUAACCAUCUCAUAAAGAAUAGUAAGAAUGGGAUUUGGGAUUUGUCUUUACCCCCAGAUACGUCUAAUCACUGUUGGUAUACACAGCCUUGUUUGGUGCCGAGAGCUCGUACAGUAUGUGCAUAAUAGAUCGACUCCUGUAGUUAUCUGGAUCUCAUGCCUUGCAAAUGUUUGUAUUAUUAUUUAUUUAUUUAUUGAAAUAAAAAACUUGUAUAUGCAGGGAAUGUAAUCUACCACAUUCAGUAUAGAGCAUAAAGUACUGAAUGACUAAUGAUGAUAUAAACAGCUAGCUACUGUAUGUAUUCAGAAAGAAACAUCUGCUUCAGGUUUCGGUAUGGAAAAGCCCUAACAAGAUAGCACUAACUCAUAUUCAACUGAGAGACUUUUUGUAUUCUUUUAGCUUUGUAAGUUACUGUUGAGUUCGUUAAAGUGAGGUAUUUCCCGGAGAAAACAUCAUGAAUGUAUUGUUUGUAAAGGAAAGAAUGCUAUAAUGUUAUUAUGUAAUGACUGUCUCUGGAAUCGCCAGUAUUUAUAUGCUGUACCUUAAUGCCAUUUAGGCCUUUCGAAUAAAAUGUGUUGCCUUGC